UUGGCCUUCAGUUUGCUGAAAUAUUUUAUGCAGGGAAUUCUGGAGUUUAUUGCAUCCCGGGAGAGUGGUGUAACUACGCAAGAAAUACAACAGGAAUUUAAAGAUAUGAGUCUCCAGGAUAUUGUAGUAGAGAUAAAUGCCUUACAUGCAGAUUCAUUAAUCGACUUAUUUAAGACUAAGUCUGGCAUAGUUUACAGAAGAAACACAGAACCACAGUCAUUUAGUGCCCCAGAAGAGAAGAUUAUAUACUUACUAAUAAAGGAGUCAGGUGUAGAUGGAAUCUGGAUAAAGGAUAUACGAAGUAAAAGUGGUUUACACCAGAAUUUAGUCACAAAGAUCCUUAAAACACUUGAGCAAAGAGUGCUUAUUAAGGCAGUCAAGUCAAUCAAGCAAAAUAGAAAGGUCUACAUGCUGUAUGACGCAGUUCCAUCAGAUGACUUAGGGGAUGGUCCAUGGUUUACACAAGAUGCAGAAUUAGACGUAGGCUUUGUAGAGGCAAUAAAGGGAGUAGCACAUGAGUGGAUAGUCAACAGUAUAGGUAGAGAUAUGCCUGCAUAUGAAGAUCUCCCUGGGAUAAAGGAGGUUCAUGCGUUCUUAAUGAGAGCAGAGAUAUCUUCAGUUCAUUUGUCUUUGGAAGACGUAAAGAGAAUAUUAGACAUACUCGUAUACGAAAGAAAAAUAAUUCAGUUAGACCAAAGAUUCUAUAUAGUAAAAAGUAUCUAG